CUCUCCCUCGCGGCUCGCCCUCUCCCGUCGCUAACAAUGAAGAGGAGAAAUGAUCCAGAAUGCACUGCCCCUAUCAAGAAGCAGAAGAAAAGAGUUGCAGAGUUUGCCCUGAACCUCAGCUCUCCAUCAGAUGAUGAACCCCCCUCUUCUGUCAAUCAUACAACAAAAGUAUCUACGACCAGCCUCAGUGGGUCUGACAGUGAGACUGAGGGGAAGCAACACAGUUCUGACUCUUUUGACGAUGCAUUUAAAGCAGAUUCACUUGUGGAGGGAACUUCUUCUCGGUAUUCCAUGUAUAAUAGUGUCUCCCAGAAACUUAUGGCCAAGAUGGGCUUCAGGGAAGGCGAAGGAUUGGGUAAAUACAGCCAGGGUCGGAAGGACAUUGUUGAGGCCUCCAAUCAGAAAGGUCGAAGAGGUUUGGGCCUGACUCUGCAAGGCUUUGACCAAGAAUUAAAUGUGGAUUGGCGAGAUGAACCUGAGCCCAGUGCCCUUGAGCAGGUGUCAUGGUUUCCGGAAUGCACCACUGAAAUUCCUGAUGCUAAGGAAAUGAGCGAUUGGUUAGUCGUGGGAAAGAGAAAGCUGAUGAUCGAAGAUGAAACAGAGUUUUGUGGGGAAGAACUUCUCCACAGUAUGUUGCAGUGUAAGAGUGUGUUUGAUGUCCUGGAUGGGGAAGAGAUGCGGCGAGCUCGGACCCGGGCCAACCCUUAUGAGAUGAUCCGAGGAGUCUUCUUUCUUAACAGGGCAGCAAUGAAGAUGGCUAACAUGGAUUUUGUAUUUGAUCGCAUGUUUACAAAUCCACAAGACUCAUGUGGGAAACCUCUGGUGAAGGACCGUGAAUCAGAACUUCUAUACUUUGCUGAUGUCUGUGCAGGCCCUGGAGGCUUUUCAGAGUAUGUGCUGUGGAGGAAGAAGUGGCAUGCCAAGGGCUUUGGAAUGACUUUGAGGGGCCCUAAUGACUUCAAGCUAGAGGACUUCUACUCAGCCUCCAGCGAGCUCUUUGAGCCCUACUAUGGAGAGGGUGGGAUCGAUGGAGAUGGAGAUAUCACUCGCCCGGAUAACAUCUCUGCUUUUAGAAACUUUGUCUUGGACAACACAGAUCGCAAGGGUGUCCACUUUCUGAUGGCGGAUGGGGGUUUCUCAGUGGAGGGGCAGGAGAAUCUUCAAGAAAUCCUCAGCAAGCAGCUGCUGCUCUGUCAGUUCCUCAUGGCACUGUCUAUUGUCCGCACAGGAGGCCAUUUCAUCUGUAAAACCUUUGACCUGUUCACACCGUUCAGUGUGGGGCUCAUCUACCUGCUGUACUGCUGCUUUGAACGUGUAUGUCUCUUUAAGCCAAUUACCAGCCGUCCUGCCAACUCAGAGAGGUAUGUGGUGUGCAAGGGUCUGAAGGUGGGCAUAGAUGACGUGCGGGACUACCUCUUCUCUGUGAAUAUUAAACUCAACCAGCUGGCGAACACCGAUUCUGAUGUCAACCUUGUGGUUCCCUUGGAGGUGAUCAAGGGAGACCAUGAAUUUACUGACUACAUGAUUCGGUCCAAUGAAAGCCACUGUAGCCUGCAAAUCAAAGCUCUGGCCAAAAUUCAUGCCUUUGUACAAGACACAACCCUAAGUGAGCCACGCCAGGCAGAAAUCCGGAAAGAGUGCCUCCGCCUUUGGGGAAUUCCAGACCAGGCUCGUGUUGCUCCUUCUUCCUCAGAUCCAAAAUCCAAGUUCUUUGAAUUAAUUCAGGGGACUGAGAUUGACAUCUUCAGCUAUAAGCCCACGCUGCUCACUUCCAAAACCCUGGAGAAGAUCCGCCCAGUGCUUGACUACCGUUGUAUGGUAUCUGGCAGUGAACAGAAAUUCCUCAUCGGCCUGGGGAAGUCCCAGAUCUACACAUGGGAUGGCCGCCAAUCAGAUCGUUGGGUCAAGCUGGACCUGAAGACAGAGCUACCCCGAGAUACUCUACUCUCUGUGGAGAUUGUCCAUGAGCUGAAAGGGGAGGGGAAAGCCCAGCGGAAAAUUAGUGCGAUCCACAUCCUGGAUGUCCUUGUGCUGAAUGGUAGCGACGUGCGGGAGCAGCACUUCAAUCAGCGGAUUCAGCUUGCCGAGAAAUUUGUGAAAGCUGUUUCCAAGCCCAGUCGGCCUGACAUGAAUCCCAUCAGGGUGAAGGAGGUGUACAGGCUUGAAGAGAUGGAGAAGAUUUUUGUUAGGUUAGAGAUGAAGAUCAUUAAGGGCUCCAGUGGGACUCCGAAGCUCAGCUACACAGGGCGGGACGACCGGCAACUUUGUGCCCCACUGGGGCUCUACAUCGUCAGGACCUGUGACUGGUGGGUGCAGCCUUGGUCUUCAAAAAAAACGAACAGGAAGUUCUUUUAUAAUAAGAAAACCAGACUGUCUACCUUUGACCUUCCUGUUGACUCGAUUGCUCCAUUUCACAUCUGCUAUUUUGGCCGACUCUUCUGGGAGUGGGGAGAUGGCAUUCGUGUGCAUGAUUCCCAGAAACCUCAGGACCCAGACAAGCUGUCAAAGGAGGACGUCCUUUCCUUCAUCCACACACACAGCGCCUGAGAGCCUGGGACUACACCCCUUCCGAAUGUCCUGUCAGUCUAAGUCAGGGCACUCUGUCCCCAGCACUGGUUCCCUUCCCUUCUCGGGAAGAGGACCGGGAAAAGUUAUGACUGCAGCGCUGCCCAGGAAGGAUAGGUGGGCCCCUUUCCCUCUCAUCCGAAAGCAUUCAUGGCUGGGCCUUCAGAGACUCACAUGUUCCUUCUGGGACGCUUUUUGUAUUCCUUCCUGGAGACCUGCUGGGAACUGUCUCCCCUGCCAGGACUCAUGUUAGGGGACUUUGCUCCCGUGGCAGGUUUGAGGUCAGGGUCCAAGGCAUGUGGGGCCAGUGGAGGAGGUGUCAGAGCAGCAGGGCGUUGAGCUCAGCUGUUUUCUCCUGGAUCCUGUAGACUCACUUUUCUGAGUUCUGUGCACUGCCCUGAGGGUGGCCAUGUUCUCUGCUUUGCCCAACUUUUUAUUGGGUAACUGUCGUGAGCUGGCAGGAGUGGCUGCUGUACAAUCAAGGUUUUGUUCUUUGAACUCAUUGUUUUGAUGCCAAGUUGGAGAAGAUUUGUGUCUCCAUUCCUAACCCAGUCCUGGUCUUCCCCAGUUUGUCCCAGCCUGGACCUCUGACAAUCCCGCAGGCCGGGACGGGAGGUGUGGGCCCUACAUUCCUGAUGCCAGGUCAGGAGGCAGCUAGCGCUGCCAUUGGGAGUGGAUGUGACUGCCUCCUGGGUCCCAUCUCCUUUGCACUUGACCCUUAGGUGGCUCUCGAUGAGAGAAAGCAGCCUUGAAGCCCUGUGGCCUCUACCCCAUAGCAGAAGUUUCCUGGCUAGGGGCUACUUCCUGGACUGGAUCAUCCCUGGCCUGUUUGCCACAGCCACCUUACUACCCCUGCUCCCCUCACCCCCUUUUUCUUUCUUCCUCAGUAGGAGAUACUUUCGUUUGCCCUUUUGUGGUCACUCCAUUUCCUCUAUCUUGGUGAAAGCGGAGGAGAAAGACAGGAGCUAGGCUUUGGGAGGGGGAGGGCGACACCUGUGGUUGUGGUAAAAGGGAAAUACCUCUCUGAGGGGUUCUGAUGGGCUCUCUAGGGCCCCAUCUCAGUUCUAGGCACGUUCCCAUGGAGAUAGGACACCAAGGCUCCACCCUGGGGUCUCUAGCCAGCAGCUCGUCCUCCCCCGCUCCAUCCAGGUUGGCAGCAGCACCACUAAGAUGCUGUAUUUCCACCCAAUUCUGGGUAUAUCGGUGUGUCUUGCAGAAUCUUACUCAUUAAAGAUAAACAUAUUUUUAA